CUUGAUUUUAUCAUCAAAUGAAAAUAUUUUUGAAUCUGUGACAGUAUCAUUGUAGGGGUAGUGAGUUUGUGUAUUACUUUUAUUUUGUUUUGUUGUAAAUAUUUGAUAUCAUUUACGUUUCAAAUAUGACGGAUGAUAACAUAAAUGUGAGUGAUAAUUCAGACUUAGAAGAUGCUAGUACUCAAGAACUUCGUGGCUAUUUAAGUAAAUGGACUAACUAUAUACAUGGGUGGCAAGAUAGAUUUAUUGUUUUGAAGGAUUCUACCCUAUCCUAUUAUAAAAGCGAACUGGAGAGCAAUCUUGGAUGUCGUGGAGCCUUAUGCUUAAAAAAAGCCAAAGUCAAGCCACAUGAAUUUGACGACUGUAGGUUUGAUGUAUCAGUAAAUGAUUGUGUUUGGUAUUUGAGAGCUACAAACCCAGAGGAAAAACAGCAGUGGAUUGAUGUAUUGGAGUCAUUCAAAGUUGAAUCAGGAUAUGGAACUAACUCAGAUAGUAGUUCUAAUGGAGGAGGCCUUCGGAGACAUGGAUCAGUUACAUCUUUGCAAUCAACAGGGUCACAUGGUCGCACGUCUCGUCGGCUCGCAGAAAAAAUUGCAGAACUCGAAACAUAUACAGAAUUGUUAUCGAAGCAAGCGCUUCAACUGCAGAAUUACUUCGACAUGUGCGUCUCGAUAUACCCACAAAUACAGGAUGACGCUGCGGAGGCUAUAGAUGCUGCUAAGCUAGCUGACGGAGUGUUACUGAAGCAGCGCACGGAGGAAGUGCGCUCGACGAGCGCGUCGUUCCGCGCGACGUGCGGCGCCACCGUGCUCGCCGUGCAGCACUGCGCCGAGCUGCUGCGGCGCCGCGACAAGCAGGCGCGCCAGGCCGAGGAGCUCUACAUGGCAUUGAAGAACCAACUCACAGAGGCAAGACUGGCUUCAAAACCUGGUCCAGAUCAUGAGGAAGGGCCGCACUCGACACUACCGGACGACGAGUUCUACGAUGCGGUGGAGACGGGUUUUGACAAGAUGGAAGAGGAGCGGUGCGCGAGAGUCGCUCCGCCCGCUGAAGUCACGCGGGACGAAGUCGAGCUGCCGCCGCCGGCCAUUGACAACCGACUAACCGUGCACUCCUUGUGGCCAGAAAUCGACCGGAUAUCAACCGAACAGAUCCAAGCGGCAUUCGAAGGUGUCGGAGGUCAGAUCGGUUGGCAGUUGUUCGCCGAAGAAGGGGACAUGAGGAUGUACAGAAGAGAAAUGGAAAUCGAUGGCAUGGUGAUGGAUCCUUUGAAGGCGAUGCACAAAGUGCAUGGCGUGUCCGCGCGGGAGAUGUGCCAUUACUUCUUCAACCCGAGAUAUAGAUACGAAUGGGAAACGACACUGGAGACGAUGAACAUAGUGGAGGCGAUAUCGACGGACGCGCUGGUGUUCCACCAGACGUUCAAGCGCAUCUGGCCCGCCUCGCAGCGCGACGCGCUGUUCUGGUCGCACGUGCGCGCCGCGCCGCACCACACCUACGCCGUCACCAACCACUCCACCACCAACGCCGACUACCCGUCGAACUCGGGCGCCUGCAUCCGGCUGUUCGUGACGGUGUGCCUGGCGUGCCGCACGGCGUGGCCGGCCGGCGAGGCGCCCUCGCGCGGGAACAUCACCACCAGCAUCGCCUACUGCAGCACCGUGAAUCCAGGUGGCUGGGCACCGGCAGGCGUGCUCCGCGCAGUCUACAAAAGGGAAUAUCCGAAGUUCCUCAAACGAUUCACGAAUUACGUGGUCGAGCAGUGUCGCGAUAAACCGUUAGUUAUAUAGCAACCGGCUACGCAAACCUGAACAUAUAAGCAGGGAAUAUUUUUUACUGGCACUACUAUUAUCAUCCCUUACUCGAGAGGGUUACUUGUUACGGGCAACACUGGAGCUAUAGAAGUUGGAAGUGGAAGUUCGUUUAUAGUUUUAUGGAAAAUGUAAUCAAUGAAAUAUAUUUUGUCAUCUGACUUUCCGGGUGUACGUAAAGCAUCCUAUAUUUUACAUAAAGAAAACAUUGAUUAUUUUAUAUUAAAUUUAUAUGAAUAUUUGGUUCGUUUCAUAUAUAUAUUUUUUUUAAAUGGUGCACAUUGUACUUGAUUUAUGCAACGAUCGCGACCUGUGUACUUGUAAUAUAAUUUAACGUGUAUUAUAUUAUAAUAUAUAUAAUUAGUGUGAAGAUUUGUCAUUGUACAGAAUAUGUCUUUAUGCACAUGUGAGAUGUACUCUAGGUCAAAUAUAUAAAUUAUAUGUAAACAAAUGACAACGGAGAGGUAUUGUUGUAUAUGUGUAUUAGUUGGGGCGCUUAUACACGUGCGUUAUAAAUAUUCUGUUACACGAUUAUUACAUUUAAGUCAAUGUUUAUUGUAUACGCAUCUUAUUUCUGUUAAUAUUGGUUUUUAAAAAUACUUUUUUUUUUUAAUUUUAAAUUUGUAAACUCUCCUUAAUUAUGUUAUCUACUUACCUGUUUAUUCACGCAUGCGUGCGUAUAUUAUCGGCGUUCAUUUAUACAAAUAUAGUAUUUUUUUUUUUUGCUUUUUUUAUUUCAUAGUAAAGUCAUAUCACACUGAGACAAUUUGUAUUAUUUGUAUUUGUCAAUUACACGCGUUUCGUGAGUGAAAAGGUCUAUACAUAAUAAUGAUAUUGUUCAAUGAUCAUUGUGCACGCGUCCUAUUACCUGAUGCGUUAGUUAUGUGUAAACGCGCCCUAACUAAACGUGAUCUAUAGAAAUGUAUCCACGUAGAGUAUAGCGAGGGCUGUACAUAUAUAAUCUGUAACAUAUUGUAUAAAUAGAUUAAUAAAUAAAUAAAUUUGAAAUAUAAAAAUGUUAUGAUAUCAACCAAGUUUUAAUUCUAUGGAUCUCUUAAAUUAUAGAUAAAAUUAAAUUGAAAAUAUGAGGGUAGUUGAAAGUUUUGACUCGUAUAAUUUAAUUUGCACAAAACUUAAAAAUAUUAACGUUAUUUAUUUAUUUAUAAACAAUGCCUAUUUAAAUUCCGUUGACGUGAACAUAAAAACAGGGAGUUUCUGACGUAUGAAUAACAACGUAAACGAUUUUCAUACGAUUUAUUUAUUAUAUUCCAUUCCAAUUUCUACUAUAGGUUCAUAAAUAUUUAAUUUUUGUAUGACAUUCUUUAUUAUGCAAUAUAUAGGAUGUGUAUGAUCAAUAUUAUUAUUAAAUCUAAGUACUUCAUAAUACUGCGUUGCACUGCAUCUGUUAUUAUAAGGUUAAAUUGAUCUUGUCUAGAAACGCAAUUUUUUCACGACGAGAGUGAACAAGAUAACAUCCGGUCAUUGGAGCUCCGUUUUUUUUUUUUUUUAAAUUCAGAAAUAUAAUUACAUGUAUUAUUUUUCUGUUUAUAAUGUAUAAGUUCAGUGGACGUUACUUUUAUCUCAAACGAGCGAGCGAGAAGGGUAUAUAGAUUGCAUUUAUAGCAAUGUUGGAAUUGUAUGUUAUAACGCCUGUUUCUGAACAGAUCUCUAUAUUAUCUGGCCUUUUUCUCAAGCUGUGAAUAAUGAAACAACAACAAUAGAGCCCAUUUCUAAUAAAUUGAAAGGUUCAAUAGUUGUUGUGCUUUAUUAAUGUUUAAUCAUAUGAUCUUUAGGUCUUAUGUAUAGGCUUUUGUUCUGAAACAGCCUCUUUAAAUGUUUUUUAAUAAUUAUUGUUUAUAAUAAAACUUUUUAUGGACA